AUGAAGCAACUUUUUCUGCUUUUAAGACCCGCUGAUGCAUCUUCCGCUACUCAACGUCUGCAUAAUGAUGUGACGGGAAAAGAAGUAUUUAGAGUGUUAAGGAAAAAACAUGGUCUUGGAUUUGAUUCUUUUAUUUCAGAAAAGGUGACACCUGUUUUCGGAGACAUCAGUUUAGAGAAUUUGGAAAUCAAAGACUCUGCUUUGAGGAAGAAGAUACGUAAAGAAGUCGAAAUUGUUGCCAACUUUGCUGCAACUAGGAAUCUCGAUGAAAGAUACGAUGUGGCGCUGGAUGUGAAUACAAUGGGAGCCAAGCAUGUUUUCGAUUUCGCAGAGAACUGUGAGAAUCUAGAGAUGAUUCUCCAUAUAUCUACUGCGUACAUACAUACCGGAGAGACACCUGGAGUUAUUCUUGAAAAACCUUUUGAUAUAAGUCAAACAAUUAAUGAAAACUCAAAGAUUCUGGACAUUGAUGAAGAGAGGAGGUUGGUGCGAGACAGAUUGAAUAAACUCAAGGCUGCACAAGCCUCAAAAAAACAAGAAACCGCUGCAAUGAAAGAACUUGGAGCCGAAAGAGCUAUAUUAUAUGGAUGGCCAAACACAUAUGCGAUUACAAAAGCAAUGGGAGAGAUGAUAAUGUUGGAGAAAGUACUAAUAAUAACUUUUGACCCCUUUGUGAUAUAUAGUGGAAGAGGGAAGUUUCCGUGUUUGCUUGGGAACCAUGAGUCCUUCCUAGAUAUUAUCCCAGGAGAUAUGAUGGUGAAUGCUGUAAUAGUAGCGAUGGUGAAUCAUAUGAAGAGUAAGAGUAACAAUAGAAGUGUGUCUGGUGAUGAUGAGAACCAUAAUUAUCGAUAUAUCUACCAUUUGGGUAGUUCUGCCAACCGAGAGAAGAUGAACAUCAUUAAGGUGGUUAAAUAUGCUUGUGAGUAUUUCUGUGAAAAUCCAUUGAUGGAUAAACAUGGAAAUGUUGUCGAAAUUGUUAAGCCUGCUUUCUUCCCCACCAUGGCAAGCUUCCGGCAACACAUAAAUGACAAUUAUGUGUUACCUAAGAAGGAAGGAAAAGUUAGCGUUGCAAAGCGAUUGGUGGAAUUCUAUGAACAUUAUCUACUGUUUAAGAAAAUUUUUGACGAUUCGGCUACUGAGGAAUUGAGAAUAUGGAUGAAAGCGAACGGAUCUGCAGAGGCAGAUAUGUUUGAUUUUGAUCCCCAACACAUAGAUUGGAAAGAAUGCAUGUUGAAUAUUCAUAUUCCUGGACUCAUGAAAUAUGUUAUUGAAGGUUUUAAUAGCACAAACUAG